AUGCCUCAAGCUAACUACAAUCAGCCACCUAAACCACCACAACAAGCAAAAGAGAGUUUGACUGACAUGAUGAAAAAGCUCUUGAUAGACAAUCAACAAUUACGCACAGAGUUUAGAAAUUUAGAGAGGCAGUUUGGGCAAAUGGCUAACAAUCAGAAUAUUAGACUUGUUGGAGCUCUUCCAAGUGAUACAGAGAAAAAUUCUCAAGUCAAUGCAUUGACGUUGAGAAAUGGGAGAGAGUUGGUAGAAGUGCCUAAGAAGAAAAAUGAGUCGUUUGGGAUUGAAGAAGAAAAAGUGCCAAAACCUGUAGAGGUAGAUGAGAAAAACAAAAUAGAGUGGUUAACUGAGUUCGAGACCGUCGCACUUACUGAGGAGUGCACUUCUGUGAUUCAACAUAAGCUUCCACAAAAGCUUAAGGAUCCGGGUAGUUUUACCAUCCCCAUGAGGAUUGGUGAAAUUGAUGUGGAUAGAGCCUUGUGUGAUUUAGGUGCAAGUAUCAAUUUGAUACCGUUGUCAAUGUUCAGACAAUUGGGAUUAGGAGCUCCGAGACCUUCCACGGUGAUGCUACAGCUAGCUGAUAUAUCUUAUGUUUAUCCUGAGGGGAUAAUUGAGGACGUCUUGCUGCAAAUUGGGAAGUUUAUUUUCCAUGCAGAUUUUAUCAUCCUGGACUACGAGGCUGAUGAGUUAGUUCCUAUCAUCUUCGCCACUAGAGAUGCAAUUAUCAAAGUCUGA